CUCGAACGGUGUCAUGCGACCACUGCACUUACUGAGAAGAGAAAAAAUACAGAGGACGAGAGUAUUAAGCCAAAGCAGCAGAAAUUAAAUUUCUCUCGGUGUGCCAUCAAGCCACUUGAACCUCGAGAAGUCAGAAGACUUGUGGCAGAGUAUCUCGUCGAAGACAUGUUGCCAUUGUCAACGGUGGAAUCUCCUGCGUUCAAGAACCUAGUUAGCAAGAUCCCUGUGACGACCAACAGUGAUACGCAUGUACUGCCAUGCAGAAAAACGUUCACCAAAGAACUGGAUAGGACCUAUACUGCUAUGGAAAAAGAGCUAAAAAAAACAAUUGAUGAGCAGCAGUACGUGUCAACAACUGCAGACAUAUGGACUGCCCACAACAGGAGUUUUUUGGGGGUGACGGUCCAUUGGAUCGAUUCGGAGACAUUGCAACGGAAGAAGGCUGCAAUCGCUUGUCGUAGGUUCAGAGGUAGACACACUUAUGACGCAAUUGCAUCUGAACUUGAGGAUAUUUUUUCCCAGUAUGGAUUAACUACUGAAAAAGUGACUGCAUGUGUGACAGACAAUGGCAGCAACUUUGUUAAAGCUUUUAAGGAAUACCAACAAGUCGAAACUGAGGAGGACGAAGAAGAAGAAGAGGAGGAGGAUGAUGGGAAAGUGACCUUCACCGACCUCCAAAGCGUUCUCACUGAAGGAGACGAUGAGGAUGCACAGCGAGGGCUGUGUGUGUUGCCUGCACAUCACAGAUGUGCAGCUCACACGCUCAACCUCAUUGCCAACAAUGAGAUUCAUAAAUGGUUCAGAUUAAAUGCAUGAAUGAAAGGGAAUACCAGUUUCUGAAAGAAUACUGC